AUGGAAAUCAUUAAUCCAUAUCAAAAUAGUACUGAAUUAAUUACUGGUUUAGGUAUUGGAUUAGUAAUUAUUAUUUUAGUAUGUUUAUUAUUAUUAAUAACUUAUGCUUUACAUGGUGUACAAACGAUUCGAUUAAAUAGAAAUGGACUUCAUAUUGAUCGUAAUAAGUUACAUAAUAACACUAUGAAACAAUAUCAAUAUAAAAGUGAUAAAAGCAACAAUAACAAUCAUAACAUGAACAAUCAAAUCGAUGGAAAAAACAACGAUCAUACCAGUAAAUGGAAACAUUUCUGUAAUGUUAUACAAUUGGUCAUCAACCGUAAUCGUCCGUUGAAUAAUGAAACAAUGCCGAAAAGUAUUAAAACCGUGGACUCUUCAAAAUCAUAUACAUUAAAUCAAGAUAAAAAUAAAUCAUAUAAUGUGCUCGGUAUGACAAUGGAUAUACCAUUUUCUAAUGAUUGGGAAAGUGUUCAUAGUGAAUUUAACCCAGCCAAUCCAAAUCAAAAGCAGAUUAGUAAUGAUAAAAAGCUUAAUUAUGCUAACAAAACUAUGAAUCAUCAAUGUAUCUGUCCACAAAUAAGCACAUUUGUACCUGUAAUGAAUUCUGUUGAAAUGGAUACAAUGUGUAAACAUGAUACUUGUGAAAUUUCACCUAAUGAUACAGUUAAUACUGUUGGUAAUACAAUUACUACCAAACAUAAUCAACCUUUACAAACAAAUAUUUCACAAGAUGAAUCACAACCACAAUUACAUAAUACUAGUGAUGGUAAUAGUAAUAAUAUUAAUAAUAAUGAACCUAACAGUAAUCGUUAUCCACGUAUUUAUACUGUUUGUACAGACGGUAUUCUACCAAUAUCAGAUUAUAUGACAUUAAAUCUUCCAGAUAAUCAUAGUCAUUAUGUUAAACAUUUGAUGCCGGCAAAUUGUCAUUUUUUAACAAAUAAUAUAGACUUUCAUAGAUCCAAUAUGACUGUACCAAAAGUUUCAUUUCCGCAUAAUGAUGAUAUUUAUCUUCAUCGUCAUCAUUAUCAUCAUCAUCAACAACAUCAUGAGCCGUUAAUGAAUACAUCAAAUGAAUUGCAUAAUCAAUCUCUUCUUCUUACUCAAACUCCUGUAACCUAUUCUUCUUCAUCAUCAUCAUUGAAUUAUUGUACUUCACCAGGACAAUAUUGUCGAAUACCAUCAACAAUAAAUAAUAGUAAUAAAUUAUCAAAUUCAUUAAAAAAUUGUACAAAACAACAUGUUAUGAUAAAUAUAUCAAAUGAUCAAAAUCAAAUAAAUAUUGUGAAAAGUACAGAACAAAUAAAUAAGAUGUUAAAUAAUAUAAAUCAACAAAACAUUCCAGAGGAUUCUUUCAAGGCGAAUUCCUUGAAAUCGGGCAGUUUUGUAUAA